AUGUUUAGGCCGGACCCGGACUUUUUUGAUUCCGGCGAACCUGCUUCCUACCACCAGGACCACUCCUUCAUCCCGAAUUUCAGCUAUUUGUCGUUGUCGCCUCAAGUCCAGCGCCAGCAGUCAUCGGGAGGGUACAGCGGCCCACCGAUGUCAACCAGACAAAACAAGAAACAGCGGAAAGGUCGCAACAAUGCUAUGAACCGCGAACGAACAGUCACCACUCUUACUGAAGAUCCAAACACACCUUAUCUCGUUCCGACACCGAGCGAAGAACCAGCUCCCAACUUGCUUAUGGCGCCGCAGUUUUCUGGCAGCAUGUCUGGCGGAGGCAAAAUGCAUAACAACAUCGCGAUGGGCCCUCCGACGCACACAUAUCAGAUGCAAAACAACUUUGGCCAGUAUGGUUUCGGAUCAGGGUCGUUUGGGCCAAUGCCACAGCAGCACGUAAAUCAACCUCAACCUCAACCCCAGCAACACUCUCAACAGCAGCAGCAAAUGUUUUCGCCAACGCAAAAAUACAAUAAACCUCAGCAACGCGUUCCGGUACCUGACGUUCGUCCCAAGGUGCCUCUACCACCUGGAAAAAACGACCUGGAGAUUCUGCAGAAUCUGAAGAAGAUGAUCAUCGAGGGCCAGCACCCACUUUACAAGGCUGUUCCCGCUCCUAUGUCUCUUGCGCGUCUUUACAAAGGAAUUAUCCCGUCACAGCUCCAGCGUACUGAGCAGACACCUGCGGAGCGGAAUGAUCCUGAUGAUGGAAAGCUUCCUACACCUACGUCUGGCUCCAACCAGUCAGCUGGAGAUUAUGGAGACAGGCGGCAGCGUGGUCGUCCUCAAGGAAGGGACAGGAGGCCAGGUCCUGGUGGUCCUGGUGGAAACCAACAAUACAAUGCUUCUCAAGGUAAUCAAGGCAAUCGUUACAGUAAUGCUCCUGCUGGGAACUCUGCUGCAACUUCUAAUCUUCAAAAUGUCAAAAAUGGCAAGAACGACUCCGGACCUCCUUCAACUAUUCUUCAGCCUGAAACUCGGCCUUCUGAUGUGUCAACUGGUGGGCCACCCCCGCCUAUCCAGGAUGGCCAACGUCGCGGGAAUGAGUAUCCAGCUCGCUAUCCAGAUACCGAGCCUGCAACAGGUGUUCGACCUGGUGAUUCCAGGCACAGCACUAUAGACGUAGUUGGGCUUACAGCUGGUAAAGCUUCUGUGUACAGUGGUAAGGACGAGGCUUCUCGUCCAGCGAAUUGGACUGGUCCACGAGAUAUGGCUCCUACUCAUGAUAUACGAGAAUAUGACUCAGAAAGGACUUCUACACCUCGGCCACCAGCUGUGACAGGUCCUGCCAAUGUUGAUGCUCGGUCUGCAGCGGCUUCUGAUGAAUAUGACAGACAAAGAGGAGAAUGGUCUGACCGCGAUCGCGGCUAUCCUGAUCGCGGUCGCGAUACAAGGCCCAUUGAUAACCGUAGAUCUUCCUCGGUUGCUGAUCAGCGGCAUUACGGUUCUGAUUAUGGACAACCCCCCGUACGCAGAGGCACUGCUGAACCACCUCUAUCUUCCGAUGCCCGUCAUUUGUCUGAAAAUCCUCCUGUUGAUGAUGUUCGACCUUCUGUAGAGGCUCGUCCCCCUCCUGAUGCUCGUGCGGCUCCUGUUCGUGCAAAUGAUCGUCUGGGCCUUGAUUCCGAAGAUAUCCAGUCAUCGCGCUCUUCUUCUGUUCGUCCAGCGGAUGCUUCUGCUCCUCUUGGCUCCGUUCCACCUGCUACAUCUGGGGUUGAUACUGUUGAUAACUCAUCAACUCGUCCGUCUUUGAAAGAUCGCCUUAAUGCUGAGCCGUCGAGAAACCCAACUGAGACUCCCGUCGGCGCUGAUGAGCAGCAGCAAUCUCCACAUGCGCAAGACCGGUCUAGAAAACCUAAUAAAUAUCGUGGUAACGGUGACUCUCCUUAUGAUGAACCACCACGAAAAGUGGAAGCACCGCCUCACGCUGACGAGUAUCCUCCUCACAAUGCCCCAGGAAAUGUGCCUGGCGGCGCACCGCGUCGCGCAUUCGUUCCUCGUGAUGGGCGCAGAAAUGCUUCUCCUGCUACACGUGGCAGACGACGCGCCGAACAUCCAGCUUAUCAGCGGCCUCCGCCAUCCUCUCGCGAUGACCCAUACUACCAUUCAGAGUAUCGUGAUCCUCGGUCGAGUUAUUCUAGUGCUGUAGACCCGGAUGUUCGCUAUGAGGGCAGGCCAUACAGGGACUAUUCACCUCCUGGAUCUGCAAGACGCGGCCCUCCGAUUGAUUUACCCCCUGGCCCUGGCCGUGAUUACAAUCCAUACCCACCUAGACGAGACUGGAGUCCUCAAGAAGAAGAAGAAUACUAUAAGUCCAGAGGCUGGGAUGUUCCUCAUGACAGGGGUCGCUUUUCCGAUAGGGAUUAUCCCCCUCCCCGCGCAGCUGGCUGGGAAGGUCGUCCGGAUCGUGACUAUGCUGCUAGAGAUGCUUAUCCCCCAGGACCUCCUCCUGGCCCUUUACCUGAUGAUCGCUACCCUCCUGUUCGCGAUGCCGAUCGCGCUCGAGCUCCGCCGCCACCACCUCCUCCUGGGGGUUACGGAGGCUCUUUCAACCGCGUGCGUCCUCGAAGUCCUAGCCCGCCCAGGCGUCCUGGUCCAGGGUCCAUCGACGACGCGCGACCUGCCGUCAAACGCCCACGAGAAGACUUCAGCGGUCAAGAUUAUUACCCGAGUGGUGGUGGUGGACGCGAUUCCAUGCGUCGACCCCCUGCUGACUACCCCCAUCCCCCGCCACGCUCAUCCAGUCAGGGCCCGCCCAAUGCAGGCUGGGCACCUCCUGCCUCGGGAUCGAGCGCUGGUGGGGGACUACCUGGAGACCGUGACUAUCGAAUGGGAAGAGACCCUAUGGACUAUGGGCCACCACCCGGUAGUGUGUAUGAUAGGCGAUCGCCUGGACCCCCUGGGCCACCUGGUGGGCGAAUGCCUUAUAACAGGGGCGGCGGCGGUUAUGGACGUGGCGGCGGCGAGCCGCGAGAUAGGGGCGGCUAUGGAAUGCCUCCGCGCCCAUGA